GUUGACAAAUGUUAUUUAGUAGGAUUAGGUAGUCUAGUAAUCUAGAUAUCUAUUUAUUUGAACAAUAGGCCUAAUUGAUUGUUAAUUUAUCUUGCAUCGUUGAAAUUUAAUAUGGGAUUAAUACUAUCAGGCCUUCCCACACUCAAGAGAUUUUAGGUUAAAGAAAACAUCUUGAUCCAUGCAAAAUGGAAAAGGAAACUAAUUUUAAAGAUCCUUCAAGUGCACCAGUGGUUAAAAUUGAACCAAUUGAUGAAUUUUCAACUGAUGAAUUAACUGAUAUUUCAACAUCUGCAGACAUAAAACCAGAUCUGUCAUUUUCAACUUUUGAAAAUAUAAAUCAGGGUGUAUCAACACUUUCAACAUUUCAGGAUGAAAUACAAGAUGGUUCAGAAACACAAGUAAACUUUUCAUCAAAUUCAGCUGUUUGUGAAUAUUUCCCAGUCUUGAAAUCAGAGAUUUAUAAUGAUGUAAAAGAUCUAAAGUUUCUACAAAACUCAAUAAUUGAUAAUUACUCCUUGAACUCUAAGUUAAUGCAGAAAGAUAUGAUUUUUUAUGAGUGUGAUAUGUGUAAACAAAAGUUUGUGAGCAUCAACCUUCUUACAAAGCAUUUAAAAACUCACACAGGAGAGACUCCACAAGUGUCUGUGUUUUCUCUACAUAAAGUGCUUUAUUUUAAAGAUCAACCACACGAAUGUGAUCUUUGCCAAAAAAUAUUUACCACAAAAGCUCAUUUAGCUCAACAUAAAGUACUUCAUAUAGGAGACAAAAAAUUUGAAUGUGACAUUUGUAAUAAAAAAUUUGUUUUAAAAACGUAUUUAUCUAAACACAAAAAGCGCCAUUAUCUAAAUGAAAAAUAUGAAUGUAAUGUUUGCAGUAAACUGUUUAUUAAAAAAACUUUUUUCGAGAGACAUUUAAAAAGCCACUGCAGAGAUAAUAAAUAUGAAUGUGAAAUUUGUCUUAAAAUUUUCACACAGAAAUCUCACUUAUCUGAACAUAAAAUGCUCCACACAAAACACAAAAAAUAUGAAUGUGAAAUUUGUCAUAAAAAAUUUGUUCUGAAUACAUAUUUAUCUAAGCACAGAAAACGUCAUUUUGGAGAGAAACUAUUUAAAUGUGAUCUUUGUUCUCAGAGUUUUGCUCUAAGGAUGGAAUUUUAUCAACAUAAAAAAGACCAUCCCGUACUUGAAGAGUAUGUAUGUGUAAUUUGUGAUAAGCAAUUUUCUCAGAAGUCUCAUUUAAAUGAACAUGUCAAACUUCAUGCUGGUGAGAAACAAUUUGAAUGUGAUGUUUGUUACAAAAAGUUUGUUCUCAAAAGUUACUUAACAAAACAUAUAAAAAAUCAUUUUGCUGAAAAAAUCUAUGAAUGUGAAAUUUGUUGUAAAAGCUUCUUUCAGAAGAGUAAUUUAACUCAGCAUAAAAAAAUGCACUCAGGCAUUGAAUAAUAUGAAUCGAAAUUUAGUAAAAAAUUGUUUUUUUUUUUUUUUGGUUACUCUGUGUAGACAUGAUACAGUGUACACUAGAGAUUAAAAUUUUCACUCUGAUGUCUUAAGCA